AUGACGGUACCAAGCGACGUUCCCCUUCUCCCUUCUGCAUCAAUAUCUUCUGGACCAAGGGAUGCUGUUCAAGAGCCUGUAGCGGAGCCUCCACUGCCCACAGACAGUGGUGGGCAAUUGGCUCUUAAAGUGCGGACGCUGGACCAGAAGACGUAUCCAAUCACGGUCUGUGCUGCGGCCUCCGUGCCCCAGCUCAAGGAACUCGUGGCCAUGGAGACGGGGAUCACGCUGGCUCGCCAGCGACUCAUUUACCGUGGACGCGUGCUCAAGAACGACCAGACGCUGGCCUCGUACGCGCUCGAAGACGGCCACGUGCUGCACUUGGUCGUACGUGCACUGCCAUCUCCUUCUUCCACGGACACAACAGUGACGGACCACGAGCAGCGGGGACUAUCAGCUGGUUCGAGUGCAGAACUGAACCGUCCGGCUGCUACUACAGCUAUUGCUGCUGCUGCUCCAAAUGCACAGCUCUCGCCGUCAGCUGUACACUUGGCAGCGUUAAACGAGAUUGACGCAUUGAGGGCACGGCUGGACGAGUUUGACCGAUCAGCGCUUCAGACGAGGUCGAGGUCACGACUACGCCAGCGCCGUGCACGGUCGCCGCCGCACCCACCACGAGAUAACGACGAGCCAGAUCCGACAAUGGGACGGUCGGGUCAGGCGGCCUUACCCGGUCGCGUGCUCAUGGGCGCCACCAUCACGGUGCCAGAAGGCACGAAUGUGACCAUGCCUUUUCUUAGCUCGAUGAUUGCUGACCUCGCGACACAGGCCAGUGAAACUACUGGUGGUGAAGGAGGAGCUGGAGGCACGACGCUGGGUGUCUCACGAGAAGGACAACAGCAUGUGACGCUUUUAAAUGACGCUCCGGGUGGCGCGAUUGCUGCUGAGGUCGAUGUAGCCACUGCACGCGCGCUUCGUCAUCACCACCGAAAUCGCGAAAUCUUGGGAUACCAACGCGCCGCUCGACGUUCCUCUUCUGGUGCAGAGCGUCAAGCCGUUCUGCGCGCUCGCACUGGACUUCGACUCGAGUCAGUGCGCGCAACGUUGGAUGACACGUCGCUUGAUUUUCCCGCGGAGCUAACAGCUCUGCCUCAAGGUGACAACAACACAGCCAUGUUAGAACUUCAGCAGCAGGUGGAAAUGUUGCUGGCGCUGUUGGACCGCUUCGGACCAAGACUUCGUCUUCUUCCUGCUGCGCUUGCUCGACGAGACCACGUUAGCGAGCGAGCUGCCACUGCUGCUGCAUCGACUGAGUCUAACAUCGUCUCGGCCGAUCCAUCCCCGUUAACGUCAGCGUUAACUGGACCAAGUCCGCCAUCUUCCGAGCUCACUACAGCUGCUACUGUAGCCUUAAUCAGGUCCGGUCCGACACCAGUUGGUGGGGACAGUCCGGCAUCCGUUGAGCACAACACAGCAUCAGCGGAUGCCAGCGUAGUAGCUGAACUCGAUAUUGAAGUAGCCGGGCCCAGUACAGCAGCAGCCGAUUCCGCUUCUCCAUCGACGGACUCUAAUACUGCAUCAGCCGAGUCAGCUUCGAGCAGCUCGCCUACUACUAACAGCGUUGCCACUACUGGAGCGAUGUUAUCAGCGCGCCAGGUUAUCUGUAUCAUCGACGCCUUGCAAGCGAUUGGAGAGUCUACCGACUUGCUGGCGCGUAUGGCACGCCAUGCGUUUGUUCGCCGAUCUGUACAAUCGGGCGAACCGAUUGCACGACGAAGAGACGCUGAAGCUGCAAGUAUCUCGGCAGAUGACAGGAUUCAAGCAAGGUUCGGUGCGAUUCAAGCUGGCCCAAGCGUGGCAAAUGCUGCACGGACAAGCAGCGCAGUAGGUGAUCGAAUGCAUGAAGCUCUUGGCGCUAUGCAAGCAGCAACUCGUACGGCGAGACAAGGAACACGACGUGCAUCAAACGUGAGACCGCGGAUAAGAGUGGCUCGCAUCAGCGCUGCUGAUUUGAGGGGUGACAGGAAUUCCGCUGCACUAACGACGGUCACUACUUCUUCGACAGGGCACCCAGGAAUCACACCCAGCUUUCCAGUAAAUCUCGCGAGUGGCGCUGUAGCAGUGACGUCUGAAACAGAAUCUUCUGCGCUAAGUAAUAGCCAGCCUCCGACAGGAGUCGAGGCAGCUCCAAGUGACGACAACGGACCAUUACCAUCGGCAGGCGCUCCCAUCUCGAUCCCUAGCGUGAGCCUACCGCUCAUGUCAUCGGUUGUUUUCCCUUUCUCUCUCGCAGCGGGUCUUGGCGGUAGCCAUGAGACUACGACUUGGAAUCUGGCGGAUUUCGUGAGCCGGCUCACGAGCGAGCUACCAAUCUCGACUCUUUAUGGCGUUAUAGCAGGCGACGCUACGCAUUUACACCACAUAUUGGCGCACGUGGGCUUUGCGCUGUUCAGCGGUGUUGAUGUCCCGCGAGUGACUCGACCGAAUCUCCGCACGUGGGUGCAGGAUCUUACAGGCGAGCUCCGUCGUUUAUUGCAAGUACACGAGUUGCCUGCAGACGUGGUGGAUCAAGUUUAUGGGACCGUUGAGCGGCGUUCGGCGUUGGGGUCCGAGCUGUUGCGCGCGAUGGACCCGUUUAUGGUUGACCUGGUCGAUCUCCUUGUGCGUGCUACAUCGGCAAGCCGGGCUGCUGCGUUUGGUACCAGCAGCGCAACUUUCUUGCGGAGGAUGGCUCAGCAAGUUCUUUGUCAACUCCGUUGCUACGCAAGAGGCGAUUCGUCGGAAUCGGACGAGGAAAGUAAUGAGCGCUUGAAGCGUGUACUGCAAGGGUUGCUGGUAUGGCUUGGCAUGAUUGAGCACCUGGCGCGUUUCGUCGUAGACAGCCUCUUGUGCUGGACUGAAGGAGACAAUCAUCGUGUUCGAAGACGCCAACGUGAGGAAGUUAUUGGCGAUGUGGAAGUCGCCGAUUCUCCAGUUGCCAAGCGCCAGCGUGAGUAG